UUAUUCUUUUGCACACAAAAAAUUUAAACAUGGGACUUCAACUCAAGAAACCAGUCUUUUACACUAGUAUUAUUACACUAGCACUUACCUUAAUUACACAACUCUUGUGUUGUCAACUUUCUAUUCCUUUCCCUUCCUCAAAUUUCGUUGUUGCUGUUGCCACUCUUGUGUUUACGUUGUUCCUAUACUUGAACAAGAACUCUUCUACCACACUCCCUCCAGGGCCUCUCUCUGUUCCUAUAUUUGGAAAUUGGUUACAAGUUGGCAAUGAUCUCAACCACCGUCUUCUAGCUUCAUACUCACAACACUAUGGCCCUGUUUUCCUUCUCAAACUUGGUUCCAAGAACUUGGUUGUGGUAUCUGAUCCAGAACUUGCCACCCAAGUCCUCCAUUCACAAGGUGUUGAAUUCGGCUCUCGCCCUCGAAACGUUGUGUUUGAUAUCUUCACUGGCAAUGGACAAGACAUGGUGUUCACCGUUUAUGGUGAUCAUUGGCGCAAGAUGCGUAGGAUAAUGACCCUGCCAUUUUUCACCAACAAGGUUGUCCAUAACUACAGCAACAUGUGGGAAGAAGAGAUGGAUUUGGUGGUGCAUGAUCUCAAUGGGAAUGUUGAGAAAGUGAGGAGCGAAGGGAUAGUUAUCAGAAGGAGGCUUCAGCUGAUGCUGUAUAACAUCAUGUAUAGAAUGAUGUUUGAUGCAAAGUUUGAGUCUCAAGAGGACCCUUUGUUCAUUGAGGCUACCAAGUUUAACUCUGAAAGGAGCCGUUUGGCACAGAGCUUUGAGUACAACUAUGGAGAUUUUAUACCUCUGCUUAGACCCUUCUUGAGGGGCUACCUCAACAAGUGCAAGGACUUGCAAACUAGGAGGUUGGCAUUUUUCAACAACUAUUACAUUGAGAAAAGGAGAAAUAUAAUGGCUGCUAAUGGAGAAAAGCACAAGAUAAGCUGUGCAAUUGAUCACAUCAUAGAUGCUGAGAUGAAGGGAGAAAUAAGUGAAGAAAAUGUGCUUUACAUUGUAGAGAACAUAAAUGUUGCAGCAAUAGAGACAACACUGUGGUCAAUGGAAUGGGCAAUAGCAGAGUUGGUGAACCAUCCAGAAGUCCAAAGAAAGAUUCGUGAUGAGAUAUGCAAAGUGCUUAAAGACCAAACAGUUACAGAAUCUAACCUGCAUGAACUGCCAUAUCUACAAGCCACAGUGAAAGAGAUACUAAGACUUCACACCCCAAUUCCUCUACUUGUGCCACACAUGAACCUUGAGGAAGCAAAUCUAGGAGGGUACAAGAUUCCAAAGGAGUCCAAGGUGGUAGUGAAUGCAUGGUGGCUUGCAAAUAACCCUGCAUGGUGGAAGAAGCCUCAAGAGUUUAGGCCAGAGAGGUUCUUGGAAGAGGAGAGUGAGACAGAAGCAGUGGCUGGAGGGAAGGUUGAUUUCAGGUUCUUGCCAUUUGGUGUUGGAAGGAGGAGUUGCCCUGGGAUCAUUCUUGCAAUGCCAAUUCUGGCUUUGAUCAUUGCAAAGUUGGUAACAAACUUUGAGAUGAAACCUCCAAAUGGAUCAAACAAGAUUGAUGUCACUGAAAAAGGAGGCCAAUUCAGCUUGCACAUUGCUAACCAUUCCACUGUUUCUUUUCAUCCAAUUAAUUAGCAAAUUAUUUUCCUCUUGUCAACUUCAAAAUCAAAUUGUUUUUCCUUGUUUCUUUGCUUCUUCUUUCUCAAUUAUUGUGUGUAAUGUGUCACAUCACCUUGUCUUAUAAAUUACUAGGUUAUAU